AUGCUGCUGCGGUUUGCCAUCCUGGUGGCUGGCGUGUCUGGCGCACUGCGGACCGAGUGUGAUGUCUCGACAAAUGGCGGAAAGGUUCCUCUUGUCAGUCGUAUCUCGGACUUGCUGAGCCCACGCCCAUCCUCGCAAUACAAGACAUAUUGCGGCGCGACACCGCCGGAGUUGGAGACUUGGCACAGCGAGGAGCCCUGCGACGAGGGGCUACUAUUCGUGGCACCCGGAGAGGUGGCCAGAGGGACAACGACAGACGAAGGAGCGGAUGUCGAGGGGCCAGCCAUCUUCCGAACAAACGGCGAGCUGGUGUGGACGCAGAGCGGCUGGGGACGGACACGCGACUUGAGAGUGCAGGCGGUUGGAGACCGCAGCUACAUGACAUUCUGGCGCGGCGCGAGCGGCGUUGAUGACGGAGCUGGAGGGUCAUAUGUCUUGCUGGACCAGUCUUACGAAAUGGUCAAGGAGAUCAGACCAAUUGGCGAAAUCUCAUCGCGGCCAGUCGAGCUGAAGCUCACGGAUAAUGGGACGGCGAUUAUCGUGAUGCAUAAUAUCACGCAGACAGAUAGGCUAUUUGGAGGUUUCCAGAGUGGAUGGAUCAACGACGCAAUCAUCCAAGAAGUUGACCUAACAACGAACAAACUCGUUUCCGAAUGGAGAGCGUCGCAGCAUUUUGACGUUAUCAUGAGCCAGGUCGAGAUUGAGAACCAGGGCCGCACUCGCGAGACGGCGGUCGACUUUUUUCGCGCUACAAGCAUCGAUCUCGAUCAUCACGGCAACUACGUCAUCUCGUCACGCAACAUGUGCAAUGCCGCAGCGGUGCGGCGCAGCGACGGUGAGGUACUAUGGGUGCUCGGCGGCGCGCUCAACUCGUUUGUGGACGGUUCCGCAGGACAGGCUGCUGCCAUGGUCUCCAGCCAGGGCAUUGCGUGGCACGGCGACUCGAUCUUGCUGCUGCUGGGCGGCGGGCACUUGCCAGAAGUUGAGGGUCGCGCUGGUCGCCGAACCCAUGUACGCGCAAUCCACAUCGACACGGCGGCAAACACAACCGCCCUCAUCCGCACGUACAACACUCCCGUUGGGGUGGCGGCGUCGCGCGGUUCUCCCCAAGGCAGCGUGCAGCGCCUUGGUAGCGGUAACGUCUUCGUGGGCUGGGGUGACAGCAACCUGUCGGCGGCCGCGUACACCGAGUAUUCGCCGCAGGGCCAAAUGCUGUGCUCUGCACGCUUCCGGGAGGCGGCGCGGUCGGCCAAGUUCAGGAACCCGACCGGCGGCGGCGGCGGGCGCGUCGUUUCCAAGCAUGCGUGGACGGGCGCUCCGACGGCGCGGCCAGUGAUGGCGGUGCGGCCGCAGGAGGGCGCGCUGUACGUGAGCUGGAACGGCGACACGCGAACGACGGCGUGGCUGCUGCGCAGCAACAACACGGAGCGCCGCGACGGCAGCCUGGGGGCACGUCGGGUGGCGGCGCGGACGGGGUUCGAGACGCGCAUCCCGAUCCCGCGCGACGUCGGCGAGGUUAUCGAGGUCGUCGCGGUCGACGCGCAGGGCAAGACGCUGGUGCGCUCCGAGCUGAUAUGGAGCGAGGGCGCGAGUGACCGCAAGUACCUGAGUACCCCGAUUCACAGCUAG